AUCAGCUCAGAGUCGGAGGCCGGGCUGAGCAGCUCUCCACUGCCAGCCACACCCAUUCUGGCACGCCGAUCAAUGCAAGCUGCCAUGUGGAAAACGUUCCUGUUUGGCAGACACAAGUACCUAGAAGGAGAAGCUGAUCGUCCAGCUUAUGCAGUGGCAUAGUUUUUGGGUCAUGAUGCUGAUCAGCAGGAAUCCGUGCAUCUGGCAGCUUCAGGUGGCACAACUAACAACCUCAAGAGGGGAUGAAAGCGAAGUUGUCAGAUCAGAAGGUUCAAUGCAUUGAUUGGCAGCAAGUUUCUUCUCUGCUGACCUUAAACCAUAGAAUGCAAUUGCGUGCAGAAUUGUGAAGGUCUCUCUAGGAAAGUCAUGGCGACCUUCAUCACAGUUUUGGAGAAUGAGAUGAGAAGUCUCUCUACUGAAGCACGUCGAAAGUAUCCUUCCCUCAAGGACGCCGCAGAAAGGGGAAUCCUCAAGCUCCGAGCUACCCCCGACGCUGCAGCAAUUGCUCAAAAUGAUGAGGUCAUCAAGACCUUCCUGCUGGCCUGCGAGACCAAAAAUGUGAAGAUAUGCGCGAUUGGACUCUCCUGUCUUCAAAAGCUGACGGCCCAUGAUGCCAUACCUGUCACGUCACUGCCACAGAUCCUGGCUACACUAGAGCAGAAUUCAGAGUUGCUGGAUGAGAGUGUACAGCUGAAGACACUCCAGCUCAUACUGACCCUACUGCAGUCAACCGUGCACCCAGAAAAAGAGAACGAUGUUUCCAUUGUGUUGGGUAUCUGCUUCCGGUUGCUUGGGAAUCCAAGAAGUGUGGACAGCGUGAGAGGAACGGCGGCUGCGACCCUAAGACAGGCAGUGGCGCUCACGUUCGACCGAGUGGUGGCAGCUGAGGGGCUGCCAAGCACUGGCAGCCAGCGAGGGGGUACUCGCAGAGUGUCUGGAACAAUCAUCCCUGGAAGCACCGUCAGUGUGCAGGGUGGACAAGGGCUUCAGAAAGAGUACAGCCUUUCUACACCCUCCUCAAAGCGCAUCUCGCAUCCGGACGACCUCAAGGCUGCGCUCAAAGAGCUGUCCCAGCCAGGCCGUCUUGGCCUGAAGCUUCUGGAAGACAUCAUCGCGCUUGCUCACGGCAGCCCCGCCUGCUGGCUCAAUGUCCCUUCCCUCUCCCGCGUCUUUGCGCUCGACAUGCUCGAGUACGUCCUCUCCCACUACGUUGCGAUCUUCAUGCUCCUCCCCGCCUACUCCAACGUCCUCCGCCAAAAGGCCUGCUCGCUCCUGAUAACGUCACUACGAGCAACGGGGGAGCUGGAGGGCGACGUUGGGGAGCCGCCCGUGCGCCGGAUGCUCCUACGGUGCGUCUCGACGGUGACGCGCUUCUAUGCGACGAUCAUCACGACCGAGUGCGAGGUGUUCCUCCAGAUGCUCAUCAAGAGCAUGGAGCUGGAGCAGGCGCUCUGGCACCGCAUCUACGUCCUCGACGUGCUGCGCGGGUUCUGCACCGAGGCGCGCGUGCUGCGCACCAUCUUCGAGAUCUUCGACAUGCGCCCGCACAACACGAACGUCGUCCACGACAUGGUCGCCACGCUGGCGCGCGUCGUGAGCAUCAUCCAGUUCCCCGACCUGAACGAAGAGGUGAUGCUGGCCGUUGCCAGCAUGUUCACCAGCCGAGCCAAGGGGGUCGAGUGGGUCAUCGAAGUCGACACCAGCGGGAACCCUCUUGUUGCUGCGGUGAACGAGGCCCAGGCGAUCACACUCGCCAUCGAGAGUCUCCUUGGGGCGGUCCUGACGAUAUCCACACUGGCAGACGAAGCCGUGGAGGAGGGCGAGUUAGAAUCUCCGAGCUGCCAGAAACCGGACAUCGAGCUGCCGGAAGAGGGCGACAGUGCGAGCGUCGAGCACCGAGCCCUCGCGAUGGCGGGGAUUGUGGUGACGUCAGCAGGCAAGGGGGAGGGCGACGAGGCCGCGGUCGGCAGCGGGCAGGGCCUCGGGGACAUGUGCCGGCGGAUGGUCGACUCGGUAUGGAAGACGCUGCUAGAGGCGCUGUCCCUGGUGCUGGCGAAGAGCACCAACGAGUCAACGAUCCUGGAGAUCCUGCGGGGGUACCAGGCGUUCACGCAGGCGUGCGGGCUGCUGCGGGCCGUGGAGCCGCGGGACGCGUUCCUGGCGUCGCUGUGCAAGUUCACGAUGGCGCAGCACACCAACCCGGAGGGGGCAGUCGACCUUGGCAAGAGCAUCAGCCGCAAGGGCGAGGACGGAAUCGUUCUGACGCCGAAGAAUGUCCAGGCACUGCGCACAUUGUUCAAUGUCUCGCACCGAUUGGCCGACGUGCUAGGCCCCGCUUGGGUGCUCGUUCUCGAAACGCUGGCCUGUUUGGACCGCACCCUACACGCACCUCAUGCCACCACGCAAGAAGUUUCGGUGAGUGUCCCCAAGCUGGGGACCUCCGGGGGUUUGAGCGACUUCUCGAUCCUGUCGAGCCUCGACUCGCAGCUGUUCGAGAGCACGGCGCACAUGAGCGACACGGCAGUGCGCGCGCUAAUCGGGGCCCUGCGCCAGGUCUCAAAAGGUGCGGUGUCGGGGAUUUCCUCCGGGCUGGGCAUGGCGGCUAGCGGGAGCAACCAGGAGCGGGGUCCGGGGGCCGGGGGGGCGCCCCAGGGCCUCCCGAGAAUGUUUGCGGUGGACCGGAUGGUCGACACGGUGAUGCACAACCUGCACCGGGUGGACCGACUCUGGGACGAAGUGACGGGCCACCUGUUGGAACUGACGGAGCACGAGAGCCCGGCCGUGCGGACGGCGGCGCUCGACGCCUUGGAUCGGCUGCUGACCGCCGUGCUGGGCUGCGGGAAAGUGAAGGAGGAGGCCGCGGCGGGCCGCGACAAGGAGGCGAAGCGAAGGAAGAGCCACGACGCGGAAGGGGCCGGCGGAACGUUUAGCCCGAGCGCUAGCAAGCUGCGGCCGAAAGAGCUCUUGCUGGACGUUGGGCCCCGGCCGCUGAACGAGAAGUUCGAAGUGCUGGUCAUCCAGCCGUUGGUCCGAUUGUACGGCGCCAAGGACGGGGACAUGCGCGCGGGCGCGCUGCGGAGUCUGUUGCAUAUCCUGGAGCGGCACGGGGAGCGGCUGUACCACAGCUGGCCCGUGCUGCUGAAGCUGCUCGGGCGCGUCGCGACCGACGCGGAGAAGGACCUCGUCCCGCUCGGCUUCCAGAGCGUCCGCGUCGUGAUGAACGACUGCCUCGCGACGAUGCCCGCGGACGCGCUGCGCACGUGCGUCGAGGUCGCGGGCGCGUACGGCGCCCAGAAGGCGGACCUGAACAUCAGCCUGACUGCGGUCACGCUCCUCUGGACGACGGCCGACUUCUUCGGGAAGGGCGGCCAAGAGGCUGUGGUGGACGUGGGGUCACCGCUCGAGGCGCGGAAGCAGAGCCAUGCGGGCGCGACGACCAGCGACGCAAAGGAGAACGGCCGGCCGCCGUCGCGACUGGGGCCGGGGCUGUCGCGGCCGUCCGAAGGGGAGUCGGGCAGUCGGAAAGAGGUGCUGGCUGGGGAGAGUCCGGUAGGGAAGGGAGGCUUGGCUGGAAAAGAAAUGGGACUUGGGACGUCGCCAGGGAGGGAGAACCCCAGAGCGGGGGAAGGAGGCGGCCCGUGGUUGGGAGGCGCCGACGAGGGGAGCCAUAAGCUGGACGCGAAGAAUGAGCAGCUGCUGGGGGACGUAUUCCUGGAGCUCCAGGCGCUGUGUACCGAUGACAGGCCAGAGGUGCGCAACUCCGGCAUCCGCACCCUUUUCGCGUCGCUGGUCAGCCACGGGUCCCGCAUCUCGGCCGAGCUGUGGCGUCACUGCGUGUGGGAGCUGCUGCUGCCGCUCCUGGAGAACGUCAAGCACCUAGCUGCCACGUCAUCCAAGGAGGAGUCUGCGGGCCGGGAGCUGGGAAAGGCGGGGGGCAAAACGGUCCUUAUGCUGGUGCACCACAGCCGCAACACGGCCCAGAAGCAGUGGGACGAGACGCUGGUGAUGUACCUGAGCGGCAUGUCGCGCCUGCUGCGCUCCUACUUCCGGCUCCUCGAGGCCAUGCCCGACUUCGACAAGGCCUGGAGCUCGUACCUCCAGUUCGUCGCGGAGAGCAUCGCCGAGGGCAGCAAGGAGGUCGGCAUCGCGGCCGUCAGCUCCAUCCACACUGUGCUGCAAGCCCAGGCGUCCAAGGGCACCCUCCCCCGGUCCUACUGGGACUCGGCCUUCGACCUGCUCGAGGACGCCGCCCGGCGCUCGGUGCAGCCCGAGAGCCGCGUCGCCCUCAAGGCGCGGCUCGAGCUCCUGGAGAGCCUGGGCGCGCUCUACUCCAAGUGUUCCGCCGCAUUCGAACCGACCGACUUCCUGCGCGCCCUCGCGAUGAUCGACGUCCUCGCAAAGUGGCCGCUGCUUCCGGAAGACAGCGCCAGCCUGCCGGGGACGCUCCCCCAGGUCCAGCGCACGGUGCUCGACGUUCUGCCGCAGAUGCGGCCAAUCGGGGAGCGCCACGUGGCGCUCUGGCCGGCGCUGCUGCAGCAGAUGGUGGGGUACCUGCCCGGGGGCGAGGCGGUGCGGCUGCCCUACUGCCGGGUGCCGCAAAAGUACAGGAGAAAGAAGGGGGGGGGUGCGGACGCCAAGCGUACGGACCCCCUGGAAACGUCCGUCACGUCGUUGGUGUCUCACGAGCUGAACUUCGACAAAGGAAGGGAUGAAGUAGGCGCUCCUAACAACGCUCCGGUGCAGAACGGUUCGGUGGACGGUCCGAAAAUGGAGCAGCCCGGUUCGGACGGUCCGGAGGCAGAGCCGGACAGCAGCUUCACGGGCUGGGUGUCAUCUCUGUGGGGCGGGGGCAGCAGGCGGCCCUCGGAGGAGUCCCCCAAGCCGUUGCCCAAGAGCGCUGCGGAUGAGCAACCACGAGAAGUAGUCGAGAACGGCCAACCUGCGGCGCCUUCUCAAGAGCCUGAGGACGCGUCGAAAGCAACCGCAGCAGCCACAGUCGAGGAAGCGGCGGACGGGGACGCAUUGGAGAGUCAAGAGUCGUCAGACGACUACCCGGAAAUUGCGCCCGGUGCUCUCUCCCCUCUGUUUGCGGAGAAGGUCUGUGCGGUCCUCACCGAGUCGUACUGCGGGCACGCCCCGAAAGACGCGCAGGUGAUGGUCCUGCCGGACGUGGUCGCCGCGCUCGGGCGGUGCAUGAUCACGCGGCGCGACGCGCCCGACUCGGACCUCUGGCGUGUGGCCGUCCGAUGCCUAAAACAGGUCUUGAACGCCGCGUUAGGCACCCCGGAAAGCUCCCCCGACUGGAACAUCGCGAGCCCCACCGCAGAGGCGGUCGACUCCGCGUCGCUGGAAGACUGGACCGCCGCACUGCAGCGCCGCCUGGAGGGGGAUCCCUCCGAGGCCCUCGGCGAGCUUGGGCGGCCGCGGCUGUGGAAGGAGCUCGCGCAGCUCUUCGAGGACUUCCUGCUGGGCGCCUGCGGGAAGCCGCAGCUCGGGGGGAUCCCCCCGGAGACCGCCAAGAGCGACGAGCAGCUGGAGGGCGUGGCGCUGGACACGCUGUGCGAGCGGGUGCUGGCGCACUGUAGGGAAGCGCCGGAGGAGGUGCAGCGGCGGCUGGUGGCGGUGAUCGACAACUGCGCGGCGCGCACGUCGCAGCUGCCGCUCGGGAAGGCUGUGCCGGAGAACUGCAGCCGGUUCUCGCUGGCGUGCCUGGUGCGCCUGUUCGUGUUGUGCGGCCGAGGGGGCCCCCAGGACGGGUACGACUCCUCGUCGGUUAUCGGCGCCCGUGUUGCUCUCCCCAUCUUGAUCGCCCGUUGCGACUCCAUCCUGAAGCGGUUCGCAGAGGACGAGAGCGAAGUUGGCGACACUCGCCUUCCCCAGAUGCGCCUUGACGAGCUGGUGUGCAUGCUCCAAGAGCUCGCGCGCCUAGUUCUCCACCCGCAGGCCGCCUCCGUGAUCGACAUCCCCCUGGGGCCGCACAAAGCGGAGGGCGCUGCGGCGCGGGCGUUCACGAACGGGACCGGACGUUCUCGGGGGGGCGGCCGGACGUCCUGGAAGGACGACGAGGGGCGGCAACUAGGGUGGGAGCGCGCGCACCUGCUGCUGCUGUACACCCCCCUGUGCGAAAUGGUCAUCUCCAGGGAACCUCGAGUGCGGGAGCUAGUGCUCGUUCUUUUCCGCUUGCUAGGGGCCGAGCUGGGCCUGGUCAGAAACAUCAAGGAGCUGCCCGUCUAAGAAUUACCUUCAGAUCAAAUGCUCUCGUUCAGGUGAUCUGGCAAUAGUGCACAAGCGCCUGAAUCCUCAGCCCAUCACCCAUGGCUAACUUCCCAACGAGUCGGAUCGUCAGUGUGGCCGUAGCAUCAUCGACUCUGCAAACUUAAGAAUAAAUCUACUGUCAAAAGAGUCUUCGCC